GCGCGCGCUCUUUUCCAUGGCAUUCGUGCUCUGUUUUAAGGGCGGAUUUGUUCGACAACCCCACCAAAUCACAGCGAGCGCUCCGACGUAUUCCGAUCUGCCUGCCGUAGUUGAAGGCGACGUGAUGGGAAGCGAGACGAGUCAGCGAUCGAUGAGAUCCCGCGAGCGAGACGAAGACGAGGAGACGCCGCCGCAGGAACCCUCGCCUGCUCCGUCCCCGAGACGGACCGGAGCGGGCCCCAGCAGCCAGGACGACGAGGAGCGCCGGGACACCGCCUCCGAAGCCCGCAUCAGCGAUUCUCUUCGGUUCCGCCAGCACCAUCCGCCGCCGCCUCCUGCCCCGCGCCGCGGCGGUCGGCAGGACCGGCGCCGGCGCGGGUCGCCGCCGCCAACCCGCCGUCGUGGCGGGUCUACGGUGUUCCACUCCCGCCACCAGCGGUUCCACGAGCGUCCAGGUUCUGCCUCUUCCCCUCGACGACAGAGACUGGAUAGUCAGCAUGAUCCAGAUUUGUACAGUUCAACGAGGCAGAGGUUUGGCCGAGGUUCACAAGGUGGCAGGGCAGAUGGUAGGUCUCGAGAAGUUUACACUGCAUGUAGAGGGUCUGUCUCUGAAGGAGGAUAUAUUCACGGAAAUGAUCCCAACUUGACCCCUCAAGAAGGUGACUGGGUCUAUCAUGCCCCCUAUUGUGGGAAUCUGAAUUUUGCUCGACGGACGCAUCGUAACAACUGCAACAAGCACCGCUAUGGACCUCAACUCCCUGCACCCAGCCAUCCUUCUUGGGAGGCCUCCUUUCGUGGUGGGUCUCCACCGAGAACAUUGGAUCCAACCGGCUGUGUUCCCCGUCAUGACUCCCACAGAUACGGAUCACUACCACAUCAUGGUUGGGGUGUUGAGGAUCCAAGAAUGCCACCUCCAGCGUGUGGAGCAAAAUUUGCAGGUUCCAAGCGUAGGGAGAGAGAAGACUAUCAUGAUGAGCUCGAGUAUCGGAGAAGACACCAACUUGAUCGACCGGCAGCACUUGAAUGGGAUGGGAGUGAUGGUAAUCGAGAUAAUCGAAGACGCCCGAUUUCAAGGGAGAGGAGCCGCCCGCCUCUGGUGGAUCGGCAAUUGAGGGGUGGUUUUUUGGGUCAUGGCCGAGAUGUUGAAUUAAAUAUGGCUCAGACAAGGGGUUAUCGGCAGGUCGAGUCUAGAAUGAAAAGGCGAAGGGCACAUUGAUCGAGGAGUGGUGGAUAGAAACAAAUCCAAUGGGUUUCAAAUACAAAAUCAUGUUUGACUGGUAGCUUUUACAAAGAGAUUACUGGCAAAUGGUUAGAGUUUCUGCAGCUUACUG